AUGGAGUCCAUUGUUGAAAAGAAUCUAGGAGAAAUUUUCUACGAAAACUUAAAGGCAAUUCGAGAUACUGAAAUGAUAGCAAUGAUCAAUAAAGUUAACAACGAAAAAAUUUCAUACAGAGAAUUAUUUGUCGCGAGUUUGAAAACUGCUCGUAAGUUGAAAGAUUUGGGUAUAAAGGAAGGAGACGUCGUCGGAAUCGUGAGUGACAACCGCUUGGAGUAUUUUGUACCAGUCUUGGCGUGCUUCUAUCUGCACGCCAUCAUCCAUCCGACUAAUUCUAGCUAUCAUAUAUUUACCAAAUUUCAACGUGUUCCAUUUUGUGAGAUUAUAGAAGAAUAUAAUGUACAAAUAUUGUCUAUUGUUCCAACAAUUGGCGACUUCCUUGCCAAAAACCCGAUCGUCGAUAAAUAUAAUUUUAAGUCUGUGAAAGACAUAUUUUGCACUGGUGCUGCGCUUGGUUACGAAAUUCAAACUAUUUUGGAGAAAAAAUUUAACUGCGCGGUGCGACAAGGGUAUGGAAUGACCGAGACCGGCGUUGCAACGGUCUGCGUUCUAGGGAAAAAAUGUAAACUAGGAAGCUGCGGUACGCCUGUGCCAGGUGUAGAAAUCGAAGUGAUUGACGCUCAAACGAAAAAUACUCUAGGUCCAAAUGAGCCAGGCGAAAUUUGUGUGAAAAGCGUUCAGGUUAUGAAAGAGUAUUUGGGAAAUCCCGAAGCCACUCGAGCCACCAUCGACGAACGGGGUUUCUUGCAUACCGGCGACAUCGGUUAUUUCGAUGAAGAUGGUGAUUUCUUUAUCGUAGACAGAUUGAAGGACUUGACCAAAUAAAAAAGCUUUCAGGUUUCUCCGGCAGAAUUAGAAGAUGUUCUCAAGUCUCACAACGAGAUCACAGAUGCCGGAGUUAUUGGGGUACCAGAUGAAAGAGCCGGUGAACUACCAAUGGCUUUUGUCGUCAAAAUGAAAAACUCUAAGAUAUCCGAGCAAAAUAUUAUAGAUUAUUUUGCAGUGCACUUCACGAAAGCAACAGCGAAAAUGUCGCGACAUCUUGGUCGUAUCUUCUUCGACAUCCUCAGAAAAGCAAACCCAGAGAAUGUGGCCAUGAUGAACAGUGAGAUGAAAAGAAAAUUAAAUUAUGAAGAUAUGUUCGUUGGGAGUUUGAGACUUGCCAAGGAUUUGAAGAAUAGGAAUCUGAAGAGGGGCAACUUUGUCGGGAUUGUCUGCGAAAAUAGACCAGAGUAUGUCGGAAACAUGUGGAAUCCGUUUAGGGAUGUAUGCAAGUUAGGCAGUUCCCGAAAAUUAAUUCUCGGUGUAAGUGCAAAAAUCGUCGACACCACUACCAAUAGACGAUUGGGCGCAAACAUCUCUGGAGAAAUAUGCUUAAAAAGUCCGAUGAACAUGAAAGAGUAUUUGAAUGAUGCAGAGGCCACCAGAAAAUCCCUCGACGAAGAAGGAUUCUUGCGGACAGGCGAUGUGGGAUACGUCGAUGAAGAUGGUUAUUUCUUCAUUGUUGAUGGAUUGAAAGAUCUCAUAAAAUACAAGGAUAUCAGAUCUGUUGACAUUAUUGAGGCCUCUGUAAUCGGUAUACCCGAUGACAAAUAUGGUGAACUUACCAUGGCAAUCAUCGUGAAACGCGUUGGCUGCGAUCUAACGGAAAAUGAAGUUAUCAAAUUUGUUGCCAAAAAUUUAUCAGAUAUUAAGGGAUUGCACGGAGGUGUCCGCUUCAUGAAGGAAAUACCUAAAGUAACAACGGGAAAGAUACAAAAGAAGAAGUUACGAGAAAUGUUUCAGCCAUAA